GGCGGCGCGGAGAACCCAGUCAUUGACAAUCUCGCCACUCGUAGCGUCGCUCCGCACCAUGAAGGCUCAACGCUGCUCGUCGCCCUUGCAGGCCGUGGUGGGCGUGCUGGAGGGCAAGACAGGCAAGCCCUCCACGCGGGCCGAGGCCACGCAGGUGCUCAUGUACCUGGACCGCCUGCAGCAGCUGGUGCCGCACUGCCCCAAGGACCGCCCAGUGCCGCGCCUCGAGUUGAUCCAGGCUGUCAUCGACUACAUCUAUGACCUGCAGGACCAGCUGGCGGAGCCGCCCGCCCUGCUGCCGGACCACGACGACCUCCACGACUCGGUGUUUGACGACGAGCCCCCAGAGUCCUCCCCGUGAGGCCCCGCCGCCCCACGCCUCCCCUCGCCCGUGCAAGUCGUGGCCACGCCCGCGACGCCCAUGACAGGAGACCCCCGCCCUGUGAGCAGCCCUCGGCAGGGUGGCCAGCGCGGCCCAGGGCGGCCCGGCGCACCGCCAAGCCGCCCCACGCCCUGACCCGCCAGCGGGAGGUGGCGGCCACAGUCUCCCUGACGUGCGGCUGACACCACACGUCGCGGCGGCCCUCAGCGGAACCCGCCCCGCCCCGCUCCGCUACGCCAUGGUGCCAACACGACCCAUCCUGAGCCUCGCCGCGGCAGCUCCAGAGCCCCGUCGCCGCCACAACCUCCGUCACCCACCCGCCCCCUCUGUGAUGCGGGGCGGCGAUACUCUACGGACCCUGCACGCCCCGCCCUGAAAACCCCGCCCCACGGACCCACCCAGCCAUUCACCCACUCUACGGACGCUGCUCACCCCGCCCCGCCCAUAGAACCCCGCCCACCACCACCACCACUUCGCAACCCGUCCACUACACAACCAACCCACCUGCUCAGUCAGUCUACGGAACCUGAACCACCACCAUUACCGCCACACACACACACACACACACACACACACACGCAGUAAUCAAUGGUACAUAACAAUAUUUUUUACUCUUUAUGUACCUGACCUUUCCUUUCCCUUCCUUUCCUCCUCCUCCUCCUCCUCCUCCUCCUCCUCAACACAACAAGCCCGAGGGUGAAAUCUGUGCAAAAUCAGACCUCGUUUUACUGAACCUGUCAAACAACCACCACCACCACUUACCACCAGCCCAUAAUGCUAAUGA